AUGACGUCGGACGAAGUCAGCGUUGCAAAUGUUCAAUUACCGACCACAAUUCCAUCGUUUACUAAACAGAGCAUACAUCUGUAUAUUCUACGCAGUUCACCAGUCGAUGAGACGUUCAAAAUCAGAGCUUUCUUAAACAACGAAUACAAAUAUACGUUUCGUCGAAUCGAAUCUUUCAAUGAACAAGAACGCAUUGGUCCAUAUAUUUAUCGAGCGGAUGUGGAUCUAUAUCUCGAUACACAAGAUCGUCCGCAUAUUAAACUUGACAAUGGUCUAUUACCCAUUUCCAAAUAUCGUCUACGUCUUUCUCGGAAAAUUCCUCACUCGGAUACAACAUUCCGUGAUUAUAACGAUGACAAAGAACGAACUUUCGAGAAUAUUCGUACAACUAUUCAUCAUUUCCUAUUCGACGUUCAUUUUGCUAAGAACAUUGUCGAUGCCGCACCUGGGAGUAACGUACCCUUUUGGAGUCAAUUGUGUUUAUAUACUUACUACAUUCUUCGCCAUCAGAUUUAUCCGACGUUUAGAGUCUUAACUGAACAAUUCAUUAGAAGUGUCCAAGAAGAUAAACGUAAAUUAGCCACAGCAGAUGUCAAUGAAUUUUUUCAAGAUUGCUUUACCUAUUCGCCUUAUGCAUUGUCCGUCGAAGCAAGAGAAGGCGUCGUGAAUAAAAUUAUUAUUUGUAUGAUGGGCAUUCUGCCGAUUGCAAAAUCAAAUUUCGAUGUAAAAAGUCAGUUUACCGUAAAUUUUACUUUGGCAAUGACUGGAACAUUACGAGAACAUUUCGAUAAAGUGUUUGCAACGGUUAGCCAAGACGAAUGGCCGUUAUUUCGUGAUGGUUUGGUUCUGUUUGUGUCCAUUGAGCUCUUAAUCAAAGCGGGUGACACGAUGACACUGAUUCAUCGGAUGAAAAAUGAAAAAUGCAAAAAAGAUCUUGCAAAUGUCUUAUUGCAACGUCUAGAAGAAUUACAAAGACCAAUCAUUGGUUUGAAUUGGACUGAUUUGUUUGCACUCGUGGAUCAAAAUAUUCUCACUUUAAAACAAAUUGAAUUGACUGAAUCAAUUCCGAUCUAUAUCACUUCCUUAAUACAACUUUUGGAAAUCCAGAAAAAUAGCAGCACACUUCAGGAUCAGGUCAUUCGACAAUUCGACAAUCUGAUAUUUGAAAGUCGUUUAUCCGUUAAUCUGGACAGCAUCACUUUCUUACUCAAAUUUUCACAAGUGGAUACCGCAGAAUCAAGUGAAGCAGACAAGGAAAUUCUUCUAGCAGUGAAUAGAGCAAUUGAAAGUAGCAUUCAAUUGCGUGCAAGGAUCAAGGAUUAUUUAUACUCAUUGACCAUCACAGCACAACACUUCCGUGAUAUUCAUUUGAUUGUUUCAUCUAUCUCCAAAUCCAUUAUCUUGUACCUAAUCAAAAAACGAGAUUUGUUAAUGCAUUUAUUCUCCCAUGCUCAUACCUCGUAUUCGUAUGAGUUUUUCAAACAAUGGUGUCUUUCAUUUCUGAUAUUCAAUGAUCCGAUAAAUGAUCGAAAUAAUCAAGAUUACCAAGAUCUAUUGAAACAAUGGUCGAACCAAGUCAAUCGAAAUUCUGAGGUUAAAAUGAAAAUCAUCAUGGAUGUUGAUACAUUCAUAAAUGCAUUUGUAAAUGAACACCACUAUCGAUCAAUUUUCAUUGAACAUAUGAUCACUCUUUGUUUUCAGCAAGCAUCGAUCUACCUUGUUAUAUCUGAAGCAUUGAUUCACGUCCGCAAUGAACUAUUUCUCAAUCAAUUUAGGAAAUAUUUCGCAUCUACACAAUUAGUCAUUUCUCAAGAGAAACUGAAACAAUUACAGGAUCCACAGAAUCCCUUAUAUCAUCUCAUUCGAAUCUACACACAAGUGAAAGGUCAAAGUGCAUUGAUAAAUGAUCUGAUACAACUAACGAGUAGACAAAUUAAAUUUGAAGUCAAUGAAAUCUUACGGGACACAUUCGAACGUCCGACUCGUACGACCUGUGUUUACGCCGUUCUAUUUGAUAAUUGUUUUGAAAAUACAACUUUACGGCAGAUUAUCAUCGAUCAACUUCUUGCAUUGUGGAAUUCUUGGGAAGAGGAAGGUUUUCGCGCAAAUCAGCUACAAAACUGGAAGACAUUCACGAAGGAGGAGCGUCAAAUAGUCAAGCGCAUAUGGGAUUACGUCGGAGAAAAGGCCGAAAAGCAGUACCAAAUCGAUUCAUUAAUCGAUCGGCAAGGACGAGAAAUGGAAGAAAAAAUCCAAAUUAAAGAAAAAAUCAUCAAGUGUCUAGAAGUCUAUUGCGAACAUGCAUGUGAUAAGGAAAUCUUUUUCAGUCUAUUAGCUGAAAUCGACGAUCAACUGAGAUCCAGAGUUGUUCGUUCUAUUCGAAUUUCCAAAGAAAUUCAAACACUUGUACCCUUAGCUGAGCGACUUAAUCCGCUUGAAAAACUUCAUGCUUGGCAAACAUUCUUAGCCAAACAUCAGAAAAUUGCUGCUCGAAAGAGAUUGUCGUCAACGACUGCAGAUAGUGCUUCGAGCUGUACAAGCGACGAUGAGACGUUAUCACCUGAUGAAAGAUCAACAUUAGACGAAGAGGCAAUCACAAAUGAUUUGCCCAGUUCACCAAAGCCAAUCCGAUCAAAUUCUAGAAACUGCUUUGCGGUUGAUCGCCGCACUUGUAUCGACAUUUUAACGGAAUGCAUUGAUAUUCUCGACAUAUUCGGCGAGCGUUUGGAAACAAUCUGCAGCACUUGGACUCGCUUACCGUUAUCGGAACUACUAAAUUUCUUUCCUGAUCUACAAUAUAUCGAUCAUGAUUUUACAAUUCUCAAGCCACUUUUACACCCAGAUAUUUCCGAUAAACUCAAAUCUAUCUUAGAUUAUUGGAAGAACCGUGAACAUAUUCAUCACAUAUGCCGUGGUUACAUAAACCUCAUCAGUAAUCUUCAAAAGUCGGCUGAUGCACUCUGUGACCAUCUUCGCAAGGUUAUCGAACUUCAUCAUGAAAGUCAAUGUUUUAAAUGUUGGACGCAUUAUCAAUAUUACCUUUCGAAAUUUUCAGCUCAACGUUCCAAAGAAUUCCUCGACUUUCUUUCUCAGUAUAGUGUAUCCUAUGACUUAAUUGCAUUUUUAAAUCUUCUCCCAUCAACUGAUGUCGAUAAUUUGCUACAAGCAGUGAAUGAUUGGGAUGAAAUUCUAAUCAAUACUCGAACAGUGUUGGAUUUCGUGAUGUUAAAGCGAUUUUUUGUUUUGUUUAACCAAGAAAUUAGUCCAACCGAUGCCACUAUCGAACAAGCGGAGGCAGCGUUCCUCAAAAUUUUCGAAAAUGAACAAUUCAAAAAUCUCAAUCUGUUCAGUUGUUUUCAAACAUGCUCCGCGUCAUUGCCCAGUAUCAAACGUAUACAUUUAGAAUUAACCGAUAAAGAAUUAUCGAAACGAACACAUAUAUCCGAUUUGAUGCGAAAGAUUACAUUUCAUUUUACAGUUCAAGCAAAUAGAUUCGACAUUGAUGUUCAACCGCAAUCAAUGAGUUUUAGUGAUUUAAGUGAAUUACGUGAUCGAGCACGAUUAAUCGAAUAUUCCACAAAUAAAAAGAAUCAAUUUCUUGUCGAUGUCGAUCGUGACAUCAAAGAACGUCGUGCAUUUGUAGAAUUCGUUGAAACAGUCGAAAAAAUUCUCAAGAACUUCUCCUCAUUGAAUGUCGCUGGCCAUCCGUCAAUUGUUGAUUAUCUUGCACCGAACAGAUCCUUCAUCUGUGUCAAUUGUAAUUACCAAGAAUUGACCGAAUUCAGUAUUCAAUUAGACACUCUUUUGGAAUCAUGGCAAACUGAUCUCUGUCAAAUGUAUGAGAAACAUCUGGAUUUGACUUAUUUUUCACAUCAACAAAUUUGGGUUAUUGAAGAUUAUCUCUACAAUCAAACCGAGCCUCUAACGACGAAACAUGCCGGAUAUCAUUUAUUGAAGUAUAUCGGAAUCGAGCCGAAUACCAUCCGUUCAGAAUAUUUACCUGUUAAAGGCAAUAAUCCCACGGAACGUUUGAAAAGUAUCGGUAAAAUUUUAACAUCACAGCGAACGAAGAUGGAUUUGAGUGUAAAACAAGAAAGUAUCAAUAUAAAAAAAGUCUAUGUGGCCGAGACAUCCAACGAAGGAAUUUUACGGACCAUACUGUCCUUAUUCAAAAUAACUGAAACGCCAUGUUUGGUGAAUCAUCUCUUCUAUUGUACAGAAGAAACCAGCUGGAUGGAAAUGCGUGCAUUUGCUUACCGUUGUUUCUAUUCUCAACAACUGCAUCAAUUAAUUCGACCAGAGUUGUUAUCAUCAUCGAUUCAAGAUCGUUUUACGCGUUUAAUCAAGCAAUUCAUUGAAGAAAAUCCUCAACGUUAUUUUCGUUUAGGUCUGAUUACAACUGUUUCAAGUACGCACUUGCAACUCAUCAAUGGUCUACGAACAUUGCAGAUCGUACUCACGAUUCACGAUCAAGAUAUGUUGAAUGAACAUGGCUUAAAAGAAAUUAUCCAAAAAUCGAUCGAUGAUAAUUGUACCUUAGUCACAUCGAGAAUCAAUGGUUUAGGUAAAACAAGUUUGAUUCGAAAUGAAAUUCGAAAGAAGGGCAAAGUUUACAUCAAAUUUCCUAUCAGUGGUGAUAUCGAUGUUGAUAACACUGCUGAACGCCUGUGUAAUUAUGGCGACCAAUUAACAUCAGCGAAAGCAGCUUUACAUAUUGACAUCGGAGCAAUUAACAAUAUGAAACAAUUGAAUGAACUCAUUUAUUGUCUACUACUCUUUCGAAGUUUUCGUUUUAAACAAACUGCAGUUUAUGUACCGGUUGAUAUACCCAUUUAUAUUGAACUCGAUUCUUCACCCACUUCGAUCGAUAUUCGUGAGAAAGUUGUUUUAUUGAAAUUCAUCAAAACAAACCAUAUCGAACACAUCGAUUGGAAUACAUACAAUAUUCGUGAUUCAUCAGCUGUACGAUUAAUCAUCAGAUAUCUUCAAGCCAUUGACGAUGGAACCAUUCGAGAACAUUGCAUUGCUGAAGAUCAGAACGUUGAUAUCGAUCUACUGAAAGGUAUCAAUCAGUUGAAGGCAACUUUUCUGUUGGGCAAAGACUUGGAAUAUGUCACUUGGACGAAGUUGUCAAUUUUUAUUUCCGUUUAUUAUCGUUUGUUUUCGGGAUUUUCACGAUGUGGCUAUUUCUUUCCUGAUUUAAUACCAGAGCCACAAUUACGUUUAGAUAUUCUUCAAAGUUUUCUCAAGUCAUCGAAUCAAUUCACAUCGAUGUGUGUUGAACGUGUUCGGAAAAACCAACGUUCAGUUAGUACAAAUGAUGCUGCUGUUUCGUUCAGCGAAGCCAUUGUGUCUUGGGACGAUACAGAACCAUUUACAGUCGUCUUUUCGUCAACUAACGAUCCACUAUUCAUAUACAAACAGCCUACUGAUGUUCCCGAAUCGCUUGUGAGAACAUUUCAAUUAUACAUGAAAGAGACCACAAAUCAAAAGAACUUGAAGUUAACGGACGUUUUCCCGGAUUACAAUCAUUUCACGCAUGUUCAAUUCUUUCUGAAACUCGCAUCCUUAUCAAAGAAAUAUUUUUACAAAGCGAUAUGUACGAAAUGUUACAGUCAAUAUGAAUAUAAUUCUUUACCAUAUUGCACGAAAUGCAACAUAAGCGAUACAUUGUUUCGUCCGUUUUCGUCGCAAACCGAGGAUAUUAUUAAAUUUCAAGAAAAAAUAGCAACUCAGAUUCAACAGGAAUAUGUGCUAACACCGGAUAAUUACUUGAAAAUGUUGUUAAUCUAUUUGCGAGUAGAAAGUGGCCUUCCGGUAUUGAUCAUGGGAGAGACAGGUUGUGGUAAAACUGCAUUAAUUCAGUUCUUAUGUCAAAAAAUUCUCGACGAUGAAAUUGAAAUCUUUCGUAUUCAUGCAGGUGUAACAAGUGAGCAAAUUAUUGAAACAAUUGGAAAACUAUCCGAAAAAGCUCUUCAAUGCCUUGCACAAAACAAACGUCUAUGGGUGUUUCUCGAUGAAUUCAACACAACGCCUAAUAUUGGUUUGAUCAAGGAAAUAACCUGUGAACGAACAUUACUUGGCAAACCUAUUCCGGAAAACAUGGUUCUCCUAGGUGCCUGCAAUCCUCAACGACGAAAAGAAGUGGAUAAAAAUGUGAAUAACCACAUUGGUAUCAAAAAAGAUGUCUACGAGAUGCAGCGAUUGAAAGAUACUUGUGGAAUUUCACUUUUAUACACAGUCGUCCCAAUUCCUGAAACUAUGUUAGAAUAUGUUUGGGAUUACGGUUAUCUCAGUGACUCAGUUGAAAGGGAAUACAUUCGAACGAUGUUGAAUACGUGUAAAAGUCUAACCAAAGAUCGCAAUUUGUUUAAUUUAACUGUGGAAGCCAUAUCUGUUUCUCAGAAAUUCUUUCGUCAACAUGAAGACGUCAGUAGUGUUUCAUUACGUGAUGUCGCACGAUUUUGUCGUUUAUACAAUUGGUUUCAACAAUCUAUUAUUGAUCGAGAAGGAGCAGAUAAAUUUACUGAUAAAUUGUCUUCUCUUCUCGAGCGUUCGAGUUUAAUGGCACUUGUACUCUGCUAUUAUUUUCGUCUUAGUUCGCCUGAUGAGCGAAAAAAAUACACCAACCAAAUGGAAGAAACUCUUAAAUCUGUUUUAAAGGAUCGAUCGCAUAUCUCGAAUUAUUUAGUGAAACUUCUUGAUAUCGAACAAAAGAAAUUAAUCGAUCGAAUGAAAUUACCACCUGGUACAGCUAAAAAUCGCGCACUCAAAGAUAAUAUCUUUGUUCUGCUGAUUUCAAUCGUCAAUCGUAUUCCUGUGAUUAUUUGCGGUAAACCAGGUUGUAGCAAAACAUCAGCAGUACAAAUUGUCAUUAGUAAUUUGAAAGGAAACAAAUCAACUGAUCCAUAUUUUCAAACAUUACCAGAAUUGGUCACUGUUUCGUAUCAAGGAUCACAAAAUUGUACAUCGGAAAGUAUUAUCAAAGUCUUUCAACGCGCUGAUAAGUAUCUAAAUGCCAAAUCUAAUGAAAAUAUUUUACCAGUAAUUGUUUUCGAUGAAAUUGGUCUCGCUGAAUUAUCACCACAUAAUCCACUGAAAGUCCUACAUAGUAAAUUGGAAGUCGAAACAUGUCAAUACGGCUUUGUGGGCUUAUCCAAUUGGCGACUUGAUGCAUCGAAAAUGAAUCGUGCUCUUUAUCUCUCAUGUCCUGAUCCUGACAUAGAAGAUUUAACUCUAACAGCAAAAACGAUUUUCGAUGCUCUGGUACCGUCCGAAGGGCAGAUAGCACGAAUCGAUCCAUCGAUUAUUGAAGCACUUGCUAUUGCUUACAAUAAAUUGUAUACGUUUUUUACAACACAAGUGGAACAGCAAAAUAAUGCUAAUUACUUUGGUCUACGUGAUUUCUAUUCGUUGAUCAAAGGUGUUGUUAAUGAUUUAAUUAAAAGUACGAACGAAGAUCAAUCGUACCAAUAUAUUCGUCAACAAUUGAUUAUCAAUUUCGAUGGUGUUUAUGAUGCUUCACAAUUUCUAUGGAAUCGUUUCUGUGAACAUCUUAAUCGUACACAUCUCAUUGAGCAAUAUCGAUCACCAUCAUUCAAACAAUUACUCGACCUAAGAUUAACCUCUCGUCAAGGACGUUAUCUGAUGCUAAUCGCUGAAAACGAAGGUGUCAUUGAUUAUGUGGAACGAUAUAUCAUUGUUAAACAUCAACUGCUACCCGUACGAACAUUAAUUGGAAGUUGUUUUUCGGGAGAUUUCGUUUCCGNUGAACAUCUUAAUCGUACACAUCUCAUUGAGCAAUAUCGAUCACCAUCAUUCAAACAAUUACUCGACCUAAGAUUAACCUCUCGUCAAGGACGUUAUCUGAUGCUAAUCGCUGAAAACGAAGGUGUCAUUGAUUAUGUGGAACGAUAUAUCAUUGUUAAACAUCAACUGCUACCCGUACGAACAUUAAUUGGAAGUUGUUUUUCGGGAGAUUUCGUUUCCGGAACGACUUAUACUGAAAAAUAUAAUCAUCGAGUCUUGAUGGAUAUUAUACUCUACGCGGAAACUAAUGUUACAUUAGUUAUGCGUCGCAUGGGACAUUUGUAUGAUAAUCUAUAUGAUUUAUUUAAUCAAAAUUUCGCGGUGUCUGGAACGAAGAAAUAUUGUCGAAUUGCUCUCGGUGCACUCUAUCACCCUCACUGUCUUGUUAAUGAUGACUUUUACUGUGUUGUUUUCGUUCGACGAGAAGACUUGAACAAAUGUGAUCCACCAUUUUUGAAUCGUUUCGAAAAGCACAUCAUUGAUAUGAAGUCAUUAGUUCAUGAACGACAUUGGUCGGUUAAUGAUCAACUUCUCAAUGAAUUACUCAGUCUACGUCCAACGAAUAUGAAUAAAUACUUUCCAUUAUUACAACACCUGUUUGUCGAUUACAGUAACGAUUAUUUGUGUAAUUUAGUCAUUGAUGCAUUUAAUUAUUUAAAUCUCUCAGUUGAUGACGAAACCAAUACAGAUGAAAUCAUCAGUUAUUGUAAAGAGAAACUAAUCCGAACGAGUUCAUUUGAUUUACCUAUUGUACUUUCACUGCAAGGAGAUGGAACUCAUCCAUUUAUUGAUCAAUAUUAUGAUAUCCAUACAAAUCUUAACUUUCAAUUAGUUCUUAGUCAAGCCUUGAAAGAAGAUGUCUUACCAAAUCAAAUUAUCUAUACAUACACACAAAUCUUUCACAUGAUUGAUUACCAAUGUGAUGAGAUUGAAGAAAUGAAACUGAAUACAUACAAAACGGAAGUUGAAUUAACGAAUAAGAUUAAGGAACAUUAUCAAAAACAAGAUCAAAUUCGUUUGUUGAUCAUUCGUGUUGAUUACCAUCAAGAACAUGAACAUAUUCUUCUAUUGAAACAUAUUCUACUGAAUUCCAAAGUUUCCCCAACUAAUCGAAGUNUCUUUCACAUGAUUGAUUACCAAUGUGAUGAGAUUGAAGAAAUGAAACUGAAUACAUACAAAACGGAAGUUGAAUUAACGAAUAAGAUUAAGGAACAUUAUCAAAAACAAGAUCAAAUUCGUUUGUUGAUCAUUCGUGUUGAUUACCAUCAAGAACAUGAACAUAUUCUUCUAUUGAAACAUAUUCUACUGAAUUCCAAAGUUUCCCCAACUAAUCGAAGUAUUUGGCUAAUUUUUCAUCUUCAACGUCAUAUGUUAAAUCAAACAACCAACGAAGUUUUAUUUAAUGGUUGGUCAACAUUAAUGAUCAACGACUUGAAUGAACAUAAAUUAGUGCCGAAAUCGGUUCUAUUAAAUCCAUCUUAUCAUGAUUUAGUCACACAUCCACAUUUUCUUCUGUCCGAAUGUUUAUUUAAUGAACUCAUCGAUCGUUGUUUAACGAAAUUCCGUUACACAGUUACACAGAAAGAUUUAUUAUCCAAAAUAAACCUUCGACGAAAUCAAAUUAUUGAACACUUGACCAUCAUAAUUGACUCUCAAUCGCUACGUUCAAUUAUUCAAGAAAAUCUCUUGAAAUUAUUAGACAAAAUCACUUUAACUCGAUUCUCCGAUUGGCGACACGAUUUGUUAACCAAUGGAAUCAUCAUCGGUACAUGUCGUUCGUUCAAUGAUGCUUUACAAUACAUCAUUUCACAGUACUAUGAGAGUUAUCUUCUAUUGCUGCUGUAUCAUUUCGAAAAUGCGUCAUUGAUCGAUGCAUUUUUCUUCCUGUGCAAGAAUCGAUCAAAUUAUCCAUUGAAUAAGAUUUGGUUUGAUUGUUUAAACUCCAUUUUGAAGACAAUCGAUACAACGAUUAUAAAUCUCGAAGUGAUUGAAAUGCCAUUGAUAUUCGAUUUACAUUUACCAUGUGCAAGAAUGGAAUAUGAAAACAUUCGUCUAAUACGACAGAGUAUUUCCGAACGACGAGAAGAAGAAGAUUUGAACGAAGAAGAUUUAGUUGCCAAAGCAAUCAGGCAACUACGAACCAAGAGUAUCUACAAUUCGAACCUGGAUUCGAUAUUUACGGAUCCAGAUUUGUUUAAGUAUUAUUAUGAUGAUCAGCUAUCAUUGAUGCUUGAUGAAGCUAAAAUUUAUAAAUUACCAUCAGCGUUUGUUCAACGUUUACUCUUGACAAAUCCAAUGCGAACGCUUGAUGAUCGAUUGAAACAUCUAUUGAUUGAUUACAAUGAAUUGUUUGAAAUAUUGAGACUACUUGAAAUCAGUACAAAAGUGAUCAAUGAAGAUGAUUUCAAUCAAUUAUUCACUCAACAAUUUAUCGUACGAGAUGACACAAAUACGAAAUUGCUAAAGAAUGACAGUUUAUUCUAUACUCUUGUAUUAACCAGCGAACAGUUUUGUUUAAUAUCACCAAAAUCGGAAUUAGUCGAUGAAGACAGCUUUCAAUGCGAUGGCGAUCCAUUCAUUGAAGUGAGUCUUAUGAAUUUGAUUGAACUCCUUGUUUCACCAUCGACUAUCAAUCGCGUUGACAACAUCGAACAAUUAACAACAACAUACAGUCUUGUUGCGCAAAGCAUUCUCGGUUUAAAGCAUUAUUCGGUGAACAACCUAGAAAAACUACGCUCAUUCAUUAGUCUCGUACGCUGUAUCACAACAAUAAUACCAACAAACAAUGCUUUGUAUGUUUUCAGAGAAGCCAUUCGUUACGCUGGUUUCGAUGCCACAUUCGCAACAUGCGAUGAUAUUCAUAAGUUUAUUAUACAACUAGAACAAAUUAUCAGUGCAAAUGAUAAGAACGCCAAUCUAACUGUUGUACAACGAACAUUAUUGAAACUCGAAAGUGAAUUCUUGAAGAAUUGGCUAGCUGAUCAUAGUGAUAAAUAUUUGGAUAUUCUUAGUUUGAUGAGUAAAUCCGAUAACAAUCUUUGGCGGUAUUCGGCGAAAAUUUUCACGUACAUUGAUCAAGAACUUCGCUUGUUGCCGAUGAGCCGAGAUUGUCAUGGGCAAAUGCCAACGAUGGACAAUUAUGAGUAUGUCAACGAGGAUCUAAAAGAAUUAACCAGUGAAUAUCGACGAUUAGAUAAAUAUCUACGCGAGUUGAAUGAUUCAUCGCGAAAAAUUGAACAUAUUAUGGCUGCACGUAUUCAUAUGCUGUUGAUAUUACCCAUAAACAAAAACGAAUUGAUUGAAGACGUUGUCAACUCAGAAUUCGUCCACUUCGAAGAAAACAUUCGGACUAUACAAAGUAUUUCAAACGAUUCUGGUAUCACCUUGGUUUGUUUGAUUGCUUGGGUGAAAUAUUACGCACAGCUCUAUGCUUUUAUGCUCAUUAAUGAUAUUCAUCAUUCGAUCUUGGAAGAUAUCGAUAAAUUAUUGACUCGAGAUGAUUUUCUUCUGUGUUCUACGAUUAAAUUAUUCAUUAUUAAACAAUUAUGUCAGAUGUCGAGCAUUAAAUUGGAUGAUUUACGUAAGAUUAUCUUCAAUCGAAAUGUAACUUGGCUAAAACCAAUGAUUGCGAUCUCUACCAGUCAGAACACACACGACAUACGGCGUAUUUUGACUCUGCCAAUACCAUUAUUUGAACAUCACCAAGAAUUUGUUCGUAUCAGUCGUAUUCUUACUCAAGAUAUCGCCCCAGCUAAAGUUCGGCAAUUAAUUAAUGAAUGUCAAACGAGUCAAUCGACAUUCUAUUGUUUUCUCAUUUGGUUUAUUCACUACUAUACGCGUUUCUAUUUAAAUGAUGAUCUUCAAUCGAAUAAUUAUUAUCGCGAUUUAAUCGAAGAAUUCAGUCACGAUAUAGUUCAUUGUUUUGAACGCGUUGGAUAUAAAUUUCUCGCUUUGCUAUGCACAAACUUCAACAACACAAGUUAUUUUCAUUUACAUCCGAAACUGACUACAGAUGAAGUGCACCAACGUUUAGUAGCACUAGAUAUCGUUGCACUUUUACUUUCAUACAAAACUUUAGCGCAUACGUCCUAUUUGAGUACAUUAUUCUUCGAUGGAAAUUUGAAGACGCCAGAAAAUUACACUACUCACUUUCAAACCUCUGUUUGUUUACCUGGACUUCUCUCGAGUAAUCCAAUCAUUACUCAAAUGAUUGAUGUACGCACAACAGUGAAAGACCGUUUAGACCAGGGUCAGAUCUACGAACCCGGAAAAUUUGUUUUCCGUUGCUCCGAAGAGUGCGAUUGGAUGUUCUUUUUUAUUAAUUGUGGCGUACCUGUCGAUCAAAGUCAAUGUCCAAUGUGUAAAAAGCAAAUUGGUGCCGCACAAUAUGGCAUUCUUAUUGAACGUGAUCCUCCACAAAUUCGAAUGAAUAUUGAGGACGGUUUUCAAUUUAUAAAUAAUUAUAUCGAGAAAUACAAUAGAACUCCACGAUAUGGAUACCAUAAUCUAACAUCAGGAAAGCAAAGUAACGAAUAUGAAAAAUCCGAUCAUUUAAAUCGAUCAAUCUCAUAUCGUUUUAUGCAUAUGAUUACUCAUGCAUCAUUACUUUUCCUUCAUGAAUUGUCCUUAUUACCGAAUUUAGAACUUCCGAAUCCUGGCCAUUUUCAAGAACACUUUGAAAAAGAUUAUUCUCUUCUUCGACACCAAAUAACUGAUAAUGAUGAAUGUUUUAUUUGGUUGUACAAAUUAAUCAACCAUAUGCUGGACAAAAAUCUAAUUCUCAAAGGUUUUAUGAAUACUAAUGAAAAAGUUGUACAAUUGGAAAAGCUUCUCGAAGAGAAAGUCCUUUUCAAUCAUAUCGAAUCAGUUGCCAAUGAAAUCAAUCAGUAUAAAACGGCAUAUGCCGAGUAUGUUCGACAGCAAGAUGCCGAAGCAACGUUGGGUGAUUACGUUAAUGAAAUUUUUCAAGAUGAAAGCAAGUAUCCAUUAUUAACCUUUUUCAACGUAACCAACAUUUACACAUCAAAUCCAAUCAUUGAAUUUCGCAACAAACUUCAAACAAUCCCCUAUGGCGAUGAGAUUUAUCNAAAUAUCGUCAUCAGUCAUUGA